AUGGAACGCCAAUACGCCUCGAACUCCAAUCCUGAGAAAAUCACCACUCUAGGUACAUUCUCAGAGCAUGUAGCCGUUCCUCUCUAUGCCAUCGGCUGGAUCCUCAUGUGGCUCGUGGGCACUAUGCUCGAAUAUACGGUCUUCGUCUAUGAUAGCGUCGUCAAUAAACGACCGAUUUACCGCAGAUAUUUCGAAAUAUGUCUUCCUAUGCCUGUUUUUGCUUUGUUCUGCGUUGCCCUGUGGGUUUCCGUCAAAUGCAUGGUCAAAUGUGUCGAAGGGUCGGUCGAUUUUCUGUACUCCCUUAGUACUGAAGACGAUCCCAAGACGGUGAUUCGUGAUUACGAGGAGCAUAUUGAGCAAUACGAGAAACCACACAAGGUGAUUAAUGACGGAUGA